GUAACAGGGACCGUGUACAGGGGACGAAGCCAGUGCAGUCUCGAGCCUCGCGUCGAUCGCAACGGAUUUCAUUUGUUCCUCGGCUCUCUUCAUGCUCGACUGCCUCUUUCCAGAGUAACAAACCGCCGACAGGUGUGUGGUGCAGUGGCGAUAAUAAAACACGUGAAAAUAAUCCUCUUGGCCAGAGGAACGUGGAAACGUUCUAUUCGAAAGAGAUCGAUCUAUUCCGUAAAAAUUAACACGGUGGAAUCGAUGAUAAUAAAAUAAUCAGAAUCCCUAAAGAUAUCCGUUCAAUCAAAAAUACCAGAAAGUAAAUUUGAGAAGAGAAUCUAAUAUAACUUUAUCUCGCGAUAAUAAAUAUCGCGAUAAAUAACGGGAAUAUCGGUGAGGAAUAUCAAGUUAACCUCGCAAGAAUACGAUGAUGAUCGUUUUUUAUCUCUACGAAGAGCACAAGAUGAAUCUUAGAGACAUUAGAGUCUCGUAGAUGAUCGAGAAGAAUUAUUAUCGAAUUAUUAUCAUCCACAAUUUGGGGAUGUCGACCUGCGCGAGAUGGACUUUAUGGCCGGCAAGAACGCGUUUUCGACGCUAUCUGACGAGUAUCGCGUGCUACCGGAAGUGUUGAUGAUGAACGAGCCGGAUCCACGAGGUAGAUCGAACUGGUGAUUUCAAAACGAAUUCCGGUGCUUCGUGAAAAGUGAUAUUUUUGACUUUUCAUUUAUCGUUUCCCUUUCUCGUUUACGCUCGACUCGUUCUUUCGUAAGAACAGUGGAAAAGAUUUAUUUGUUGUUCCGCCGAUACCAUAAAAAAAAGAUCGGAUAUAUCGCCUCGAUAAUUGAACAAAUUUUUUUGUGGAAGACCGGUGAUCAGAGACAGCCAUGGACUGGCGGGGAGUCGCAUUGGCAUUUUUAUCGAUCACAAUAGCGAGGCACAGCACCACACGCGCGGCCCAAAUACCCCAGCAACUGCCUACAUCGACCGUUGGGAUAGCGAGCACUGUGCAGAUCGAGUGUGCGAGCGAGUCGAUAAUCGUGCACAUCUCGACCGAGGGUAAAACGGAUUUCCAUGGUCUGGUGUAUCCUAGGGGGUUGUCGAAGAACAGCUCUUGCCUGCAAGAGUACAGAAGCCAGCCAACCCCCAUAACUUACAACCUGCCCCUCAGGUCUUGCAACACGAUGCCCACGCAAUUGGACGACGGAGGUAUCGAGUACUUCAACACGAUAGUCGUCCAGCCGCAUCUCAAGCUGGUCACGAAUCAGGGCAGGGGUUUUCACGUGAGAUGCCGAUAUCAAACGAGGGACAAAGUGGUGACGAACGACCAAACCCACGUGGCCAUGCUGCAAUCCCUACCGCUCCAGGCGACGGCUCCCAUGCCGGGGUGCACGAUGAAGAUCUUCAGCGGGGAUCCGACGAGGCAUCAAGUGGCGGAAAACGUGAAGAUCGGGGAUCCCUUGACCUUGGUCAUUAACAUCGACAAACAGGAGAUGUUCGGCCUCAAGAUAUCCGACUGUCUGGUGCGGGACGGGUUGGGAUGGGGCGAGCAGAGGCUCAUAAACGACCAAGGAUGCCCGGUCGACGGUGAAAUAAUGGGGGAGUUCACGUACAACGAGGACAAAACGGAGGCAAAGGUCGACUUCCAGGCGCACAAGUUCCCUUACACAGCGAGCGUCUACUAUCAAUGCAACGUCAGAUUAUGCGUGAAACACGACGGAGGAUGCAGCAACACGCCGCCUGCGUGCAACUCGGUAUCCAGACGACGCAGGGACACCGUGGACGACAACACGGUGGUGAAAGGCGUGGAGGGCCUGGACGGUGGGACGCCGGCUACCAUCGAGGUUUACAGCGGCUUGUACGUGAACGAAGCGUCAGACGUUGCCUCCAAGUCGGACUUCACCGACGAUGUCUUCAGAGAAAGGACUAUCGACGACCCGAACAGCUUCUGCAUAUCGCAAAGGAGCUUCGCCAUCGGGAUCGCGAUCGCUGGUCUGAUCCUCAUGCUGGCUGUGGUUGCGGCCAUUUUGGUACUGUUGACCAAGAGGCGGCACAAGACCGUCUCGACAACGGGCUCGUCCAUUUACAGCGGACCUUACACCAACACGGCGUACAGUCACAGCAGUUAAAGCUGCUCGACGAAUGAUCCACGUUUAUUGUUAACCCUUUCGUUGCUACGGGCGACUAGAGUAUCUUUCUUUGGAGAUGCGGCUUUUUCAUUUUUCUAUGAACACAGCAAUUCGAAUUUUUGGAGGAGAAGUUGGCCGUGGCGAAAGACGAAAAUUCGACGAAUAAUCCGUUGCUCAACGGAAGCACGAACGAACAAUUUAGAUGGAAUUUUUACAAGAGAUUUUUUGCUCAACCGGCGAUGAGGAGCACGAUAGGUCUGAAUACGUGAUCGAUAUUAUAUACCUUUCGUCGAUCCGAUGAAUUUGUUAUCUCUUUUGUAUUCAACAGAUCUUGCCAUCUUGCUUUCACACCACUCGUUCAUAUACGAUUGUUCAACUUUCGAAUACCUCUUUGUUAGAACUUGUGAACUUGUUAGGAAGCACGUGUUUCAUAGGAUCCAACUGAACAGAAGUUUUAGAGAAGCCUAGCUCGAAACAAGUUGAAACGAAUCUUUAGGAUUAACUAUAUAUAAUAUAAUAUAUAUAUAUAUAUAAAUAUAUAAUAUAUAUUAUAUUAUUAUUAUUAUAUUAUAUAUAUUAUAUACAUAUUGUAUACUAGUCCGGUAUACGCUGUCCUAGCUAACAUCGCGGCCGCACUAAACGCAGAGGCGCACAUCACGCGAAAAUAUCCUCUCUCUCUUCUAAUAAUUUAAUCACCAGCGCAGAACGAAGUUCAAGUGAAGUGAGAGACGAGUCUUUUUCAACGAAUCAAACGAUUUUUACGCGACAAAUCCUUUCCAACUUUUAUUUAUAUACACUCACCUUUCCUUCCUUUCCUUUCCUUCUUCUCUCCUUUUUCUCUUUGAACAAAUUUCAUAGAAAUAAUCUCUGAAGCGCGUGGUGGAGCUUGGUCGAUUAAACCGUGAAGAUGUUUAACAGAUCUGUGCUAUUCCACGAAUCUUUGCUUUUUUGCAAUUCGCGUAACUUUGUUUCUUCUGGCAGAACGCGAGACCAGCUCCUCCUGGUUGAUCGAUCAGAGACAAGUUUCCAAUGCGUUCGAACAACCGAUCGAGGCAAACUCGUGCAUAGAAUGCAUCGGUUAUUGCGACUAUGUGCUUCGCGAUGUGUUACGCGAGUCCCGUUGCCGCGAGGCGAGAAGAAAUGUUGCAACAAACUGUCGAUCGAUUCGCACCAAAGAUUGAAAAGGUGUUUGAAAGAAAAAGAUUAUUACGAGCAAUGCUCUCGGCUACGGGACACUCGCAGCGAGUGUGGCGAUAAACGAGUGUAUAAUCCAUUUAUAACGCUUAAACCGUAAACUAGUUUCCAUUGAAUCGAGGUGCUGCUCCCUUAUAUCGGUACCCUUCCUAGCCAGCAGGAACUUUCCAUUUUCUUUCUAAAAACUAAACGAGAUAAAACAUCUCUCGAUUAUUGUUCACAGUUGUCAAAAUUGCAAGUACCUAUUUUCAGUACCUUCCUUCGAUUCGAUAGGAAAAUUGAUCUUUAUGAAAAAAAAAAAAAGAAGCAGAUGUUUUAAAAAAGUAAGAAUCGAAAAACGUGAGGGUACCGAUGUUUCCGUGUUUUGCGUGGAGCGUUCUUUUUAUUUGUUUAGUUUUAAUUUGUGAAGAAAAAAAAAAAACUGGCGUAACUGGGUCCAACGUGGUGGUGGGUAUACAGAUCGUAAAAAAAUUACGUUUAAACAGAGCAGAGGGGCGGGGGGGGGGGGAGGAGAGAAAAAGAAGAAAGAAUGGACGUGCAAACGUAACACUCGUAACUUAUCACACAGCAAUUAUUCGAGAAAUCGAGAAAAAGAAAAUAUAUAUGCGGAGAAAAAUGUUGAUUCGAUUUACAGAGAAUCCGUUUUUUUUUUUCUUCAACGAUCGUUCAAAAUUUCAACAGAAUUAAAGAUAAAUAAGGGAAAAAUUUUAAUCUAUCGUGAGAUUAUGCGAUGACAGAACAAUCUUAAGUUUCUAACCUUAAGAUAAAUAAAUUUUUAUCUAAAAUAAUCAAUAAUUCUUCGUCACAAUAUGUUAGAAAUUUAAUAAUAAUUUUUUGUAAAGUGCAAUAAUUUUGAAUGACCAAUAGGAUAAAAAAGCUUUCGUCAUAAAUCAAAAACAUCCGACGAAUAUAUAACAAACGAGCGUUGUCGUUUCGUCGUAUUCGUGGCAUUGGUUCAUAGCGACAUUGGGGAUAAAAAUGCCUGUAUAAACUUCUUUUCGUAAGGACACGCGAGUUUUCUCUAGAUCCCGCAAUGUUUCUCUGGACCCUUGUCCAAAACUUACAACGAAUUUGUGUAAAUAACAAAAACGUAAUAAAUCUUGUAAUCAUAAAUA